AUGCACAUAGUACUGGAUGCUGGUCUUCCAGCGAGGGUCUCGAGACAGCGCCCUCUCCCUCGAAGCGUCGAUCACCACUUGUGCCCGGAGCAAGCAGUGGAGCGCAGCAUUGCAACUCCUUCGCGAAGGAGCUCAGUCGGGUACGAAGCUCUUCCAGGGGCACUACACUGCGGCGGUCAGCGCAUGCGGAAGAUGCGGACAGUGGCAAAGGGCACUGUCGGUGCUCAGAGAGAUUGGGGAGGCGAAGCUGGAGCCCGACGUCUCAGUUACAAUGUUGGGAUCAGCGCGUGCCAGAAGGCCGCGCAAUGGCAACAGGCCAUAUUGUUACUCGAAGAGAUGCGGGGGGCGAAUACAGAGCUCGACGUCAUCAGCUAUAGCGCUGGGAUCAGCACGUGCGACAAGGGCUCGCAGUGGCAGCGGGCGUUGGCCCUACUCAGCGAGAUGUGGGAGGCGCAGCUGGAGCCCGACGUCAUCAUUUACAAUUCUGGGAUCAGCGCGUGCGAGAAGGCCGCGCAGUGGCAAAAGGCCGUACAUCUUCUCAGAGAGAUGAGGGAAGUGAAAAUGGAGCCCGACGUCAUCAGUUACAGCGCUGGGAUUAGUACGUGCGAUAAGAGCGCGCAGUGGCAGCGGGCGCUGGCUCUACUCAGCGAGAUGUGGGAAGCGAAGCUGGAGCCCGACGUCGUUAUCUACAGCGCUGGGAUCAGCGCUUGCGAGAAGGCCGCGCAGUGGCAGCGGGCUCUGGCGCUGCUCAGCGAGAUGCGGGAGGCGAAGGUGCAGCCCAACUCAGCUACGACUCUGUGA